AUGACCUCCACACAGAGUGGUAAAACAACGGCCGCGUUGUCGCCACUUCUGUUGAGGAAGGGCAUCCAGGGAGUUGCAGGGGAUGUGAAAUCCGUUAAGCCAUUGGGAUUAGGCGAUCUCCUUAUAGAGGUUUAUCGCCAACAACAGGCGAUGAACCUACUCGGAACAACCAGUUUUGCCGGCAUCGGUGUCAGUGUGAAACCACACUCAUCACUUAAUUGCAGCAAGGGGGUAAUCAGGUGCCCAGCCUUGCGCAAUGACACCGAUGAAGACAUACUGGCAUAUUUCCAGGAGGAGAGCGUCCCGGUCUCUGAGGUGAGGCGGAUGGUGAUCAGGAGAAACAAUGAUACAAUCAAAACAAACACCUUCAUCAUCACUUUUUCAACGCCAACACUACCCCAUAUACUAACAAUCGGAUACCAGAGGUACAACGUUUCCGUCUACAUCCCAAAUCCAUUGCGAUGCCGAAACUGUCAGAAGUACGGUCAUCACGAAAAGCGAUGUAGACGAAAAUCGAUCUGCCAGUAUUGUGGCCGUGAGGGUCACACCGAACAAAGUGACUGCGACAUCGCCAACCUGCGCUGUGUCAACUGUGAGGGGAAGCACGAUGCCUCUUCUCGCGACUGCCUUACCUGGAGCCGGGAGAGGGAGAUAUUACGGGUUAAAUAUACCCGAGGUGUCUCUUUCCCCGAGGCCAGGAGGAUAGUCGGGAGUGCAGACAUUGCUACACCCUCUUACGCACAGGUGACUCGAGGCAAGGCGCUAGUUGACAAUGUCACGGUCAAGGAUGCUUCGGUUCAAGUAUCUGAAGACAUCCCUGCCUGGGGCUCACAAGUCCCAGACAUGGAUAAAACCCUCCAAAGGUUGGCCCAUCUAGGGCACAGAUGUGGUCGCAGCGAUCUCGCUCACUAA